GACGACAAUGAAACGUACAGUCAAUGCACGCGAUACGAUAUCGAUUGGACGGCGGAAAACAUUUCCGUCGUGACAACAGCCUCGUUCGUGCCAAAUUCAUCGUGGCCCGUUGUUCCAUGCGAUCACGGUUGGGAGUACGAGACGUCAGAAGUGAAAUCCUCUAUCGUUAUCGACUUCAAUCUCGUAUGCGAUUAUGCGAUUUAUCCAACGAUCGGAUUGGUCGCUUUAAACACAGGUGGACCAAUUGGGGUGUACCUUUUCGGCACGUUGAAUGACAGAAUUGGCAGAAGAUUGUCUUUCUUCACGUGUCUGGCCACUUUAAUAACCGGUGGAUUUUUAACAUUCAUAUCGAACAGCUUCUGGACAUGGGCCGCAACAAGGGUGGUCGUCGGCUUGACCAUCCCAGCCAUUUAUCAAAUUCCCUUAUCAUAUCUUUGGAACUGGUUGGUCCAAAUUAUCGAUCAUUCGUGACAGUGAUGACUUGCACUUUCUACACAAUGGGAUUAUGCAUGCUGGCUGGUGUCACGUAUUUGAUAAGGGAUUGGAGAACGUUAACCAUAGUCACGAGUGCGCCAUUUCUUUUGUACAUCUUGUACUGGUGGUUCUUGCCAGAGUCACCGAGAUGGUUGUUGGCGAAAGGUCGAUUGAGCGAGGCGAGCGAUAUCUUGGAACGAUUGGCAAAAGUAAACGGAAAAGAGUUGCCGCUUUCUUUCACGCAAAAAUUACGACAACGUAUGAUGAUGUCACGGUCCAAAAGUGAAGAAGAAAGAUUGCGUAGUGGUCCCGGUGUUUUAUCACUCUUCAGAACUCCGAAUAUGCGAUUAAAGACAUGCUUGAUCACUCUAAAUUGGUUCGCGAACAACAUGGUUUACGUUGGAUUAUCGUAUUAUGGGCCAGCAUUGGGCAACGAGGAACACUUGAGCUUCUUCUUCUCGUCUCUUGCCGAGAUUCCGAGCUACAUGGCUUGCUGGAUCGUGAUGGAUCGAUGGGGUCGCCGUUGGCCUCUCUGCUUGAGCAUGGUGGUGACUGGAAUCCUGUGCAUCACCACAGUUCUUUUGUCACCCGAUGCGGUUGUGACUACGUUAAUUCUAUUCCUCUUAUCGAAAUCCGCGAUAUCGGCCUCCUUUCUAAUUAUAUAUCCGUUCGCCGGUGAACUUUACCCCACGCAAUUGCGCGGCGUAGCGAUCGGUUUCUCUGCCUACAUCAGCGGUCUUGGGCUCAUAAUCAUUCCCUUUGUUACGUAUCUCGGCAAGGAAAACUUGGUGCUGCCCCUCGUAAUUCUUGGCGUCGUGUCUGUGAUCGGGGGAUUAUCUGGCCUGCGUUUACCCGAGACUCUGCAUCAUCGAUUGCCCCAAACCGUCGAGGAAGGGGAAUUGUUUGGGAAAGAUUGGACAUGUGCCGACUGUUUUCGUUGCGUUCCGACCAAACCUUCGUCGGCCGCGGCGUCUUACGAGGAUCUGUCGGCGAGGGAGACGGUGGAGAUGCACGAGGUACCCGAGGCACCGAUACCUCAAAGGCUGUUGGAGGAUCAACAGAGGCCGAGCGGAGCGAGCGUGCGCAGGCUGGUUCGACAAUCGAGCGUGAUGGACACGCAGCGGGAUUCCGACGGAUCCAUCAAGAUGACUUAUUGGUUUUAGAUUUUUAUCGAAUC